AAUCAGCCAUUCAUCCACUGCAUGAUAAUUACAAAUAACAGCAUUUAAUAACAUUAAUUGCAAAAUGAAAUUAGUAUUUGCAUACAAUUCGAAUUUCCUUCUGUUCCCUCAACCUCAUCCCCAGUAAACUGAGACCGUCAUGGUGAUGUGCUUCGAGAGGCUGGUUAUGGCACACAUCAACUUCAGCCUCGCAGACAACUCGACCCACUGCAAUUCGUCUACCACAAAACAACAGUCCUUCUCCUCCUCAUUGAGGUCAGUCAUGAAAAGAUAUACCAGCUGGUUGGGUGGUGACCUUGCACCCAAUGUCAGUGAGAUGAAAGAACUGACUGUGGACUUAACAAAGGGUAAGACAAGGAAACACAAACCGAUCCUCGUAGAGGGAUUAGAAAUGGAGAGAGUGAGCAAUUUCAAGUUCCUGGGUGUCAAGAUCUUUGAGGACCUAACCUGGUCCCAACAUAUCGAAGUAGCUACAUCAAGGCAAGAGAGCAAUUAUAUUUCAUUAGGAGUUUAAAGAGAUUUAGUUUGUCAACUAAAACACUAGAAGACUUUUAUAAAAGUAGCGUGGAGAGCAUUCUGACAGGCUGCAUCACUGUUUGGUAUGGGCAGGGGGGUGGGGGGAGACUACUGCACAGGGCAUGACUUCAGGAUUGAAGGACGUCCAUUUAGAACUGAGGUGCUCCAAUAUCUUAUGGACUGAAAGAAGCUAUAGAAAGUCAUAAAAUUAGUCAGCUGUAUCUUGGGAAGUAGCCUCCAUAGUACCCAUGACAUCUUCAAGGAGCAGUGCCUCAGAAGGGUGACUCCCAUUAUUAAGGACCCUCAUCACCCAGGGCAUGCCCUCUACUCAUUGUUACCAUCAGGAAGGAGGUACAGGAGCCUGAAGGCACACACUCAGCGAUUCAGGAACAGCUCUUCCCCUCUGCCAUACAAUCCCUAAAUGGACAUUGAACCCAAGAACACUAAUUCACAUCUAUCCAAUAUACAAUUACAGUAAUUUAUUUACUUAUUUUCUUUCUAUAUUAUCAUGUCUUGCAUUGAACUGCUGCUGCUAAAUUAACAAAUUUCACAACACAUGCUGUUGAUAAUAAACCUGAUUCUGAAAAGUGAGAACAGUUUCAAGUUGCUGGGCAUCAACAUCUCAGAGGCUCUAUCAAGUUCCUGGGUCCAGCACAUUCAUACAAUCAUGAGGAAGGCAGAUCAGCAGCUAUACUUUAUUAGGAGUUUCAAGAGAUUUGGUAUGUUUCCAAAGACUCUAGCAAAUUUCUAUAGAUGUACGUGAGAGUUUUCUGGCUAGUUGCAUCACUGCCUGGCGUGGAGGCUCCAAUGUACAGGGUCACAAGAGGCUGCAGAAGGUUGUCGACUCAGCCAAUUCCAUCACAAGCACAACCAACGAGAACAUCUUUGAAAGCAUCCAUCAGGAAGGGCUCACACCAUCGGAGGCAUGCCCUCCUGUCACCGCCAUCAGGGAGGAGGUACAGGAGCCUGAAAACCAGCCUCUUCUCUGCUGUUCAAUUUCUAAAUGGUCCAUGAACACGACCUUAUUAUUCCUUCUUUUUGUAUUUAUUUUGAAAUUUAUAGCAUUUAAAAAAAAUCUCUUUGCACCGUACCGUCACUGCUAAACAAAAAUUUUCACUGUAUAAUUCAGUGAUAAUAAACCUGGUUCUAAUUGUUGACGAGCUAGGUGAGUGGAUAGAAAAAAAUAAAGUGUGGGGAAAAAUACAGGUCGUCCACUGUUGCUAUCAUACAGUAGAUAAAGCAGGGUCUCCUACAUCUUAAUACUGUAUGCAAUUACUCCUCGUGAUGAGGAACCAGCAUUAAGGAUAGCACGGUGUCCCUCCGUGGGGUGCCCAAUGCAAAUGCAAUGAACCAUCUCCAAACUUCCCUCUUGUCCCGCCCUGAAGCACCUCUUGUCCAGCGGAGGUACAGUCCGUCACCUCAGCAGGUAUCGCGGCAAUGGACUGAAAGCAAGUCCUGAAACAUGAGGACCAGUCAUUUGCCCCUUUCCUUACUUUGCAGCACGAUCGCUCGGGACGACACCACUGGCUCUGGCCCACUGAAACUGGAAACUGGAAAGUGGAGGAGGACAGCGGUACUCGAGCACAAAACGUUGCCCCCCACGACAGUCUUCUCACGUCAGCUCAGUGGGACAGGCGGGAGCAUGCGCCAGUCCCUGCGAGCCACCGUACCCUCCCGCCGGCUGUGCCAGCGGAACCCCGAAUGCGGGCCCACUGCUUGAGCUGGAGGUGCCAGGCCCGGAGAACUUAACCGGGAUCGAGCCGCGCAACCCCGGGGGGUAAACGAGGCCGCAGAACGUCCCUACCCCUCAAUGCCCGCACGGUUCCACUUAACCCGGCUGUUUGCAAAAUGCCAGAGGGAGGACCUGGACACCAGCAGAACAUUGAGGCGCCUUUCCGAUCUGUUGUCGCUACGGGAGACCGGGAGGAGGUGGCCGAGUUAUACAUGCUGCGUUGCCUUCGUAACUCACAGCCGCAGGAGUUUGCACCUGACUUUAGGGCGCGAGCGUUUCGCAAUAAAUUUGGCAGAUUUACAAGGUGAAAGGUCAGCGCCCUUGAAACCCUCAGCCUGGAUACCUUGCAGUCUAUUUGUGGGGCAACGGGGUUUCAAAUGUUUUGGUGAAAGCUCAGAUUCUCGUGUUGCAUUAUCGCGACCUGUCACAAGAAGAGAAUCACUCAGUAAAUGCAAAUCCAGGAAUCAUUUACGAAAUAUCUAUAUUUCUAAUCAUUUAAACUUUUUAAAACGCCAUUCUGUUUCACUUCAAGAAGAGUUUGUAGCAACUGUGUUAAAACCGCGCGAAACAAACAGGAGUAUUGCAGCAGAAUCCGCUGGGAGCAUGGAGACAUCGAAAGGAAAGACUCUGGAUGAAGAUCAUUGCAGCAUGAGCAUGGAGUGCGACCAGCAAAGUAUUGAAGAAGUUCAGUCAGUGUUUACAUCUGACUCUGACUUAGUCUCUGCAGAAGAUUCGUCAGCGAACAUACACCGGUUAUUUUCGGAUAUAAAUACCGCUGAACUUCUGGGAAAUGAUGUCCCUGAUGGGACACAAACAGCAGAUGAUAAAAGGAAGAGGCCAAAGGUAAAAAAGAGGAAGAAAAAUAAAUCGGCUGAAGAGAAAGAAGUCAGCAGUCUUCUGGCUGAACUCCCAUUUCCAAAUGCAGAGAUACGGGAAGAAUAUGGUUUCACUAAAGCCCCUGUAAAGAAUUCAAAGAAAAAGAGAAAGCGUACUUUAGGUGGUGAGACUGAUGAAGACGCGGGUCAAAUAAAGAAAAAAAAAGUUCAUCCAAAUUACUUUGUAUCUAUUCCAAUAACCAACCCAAAGAUUGUAGGUGGCAUCAAGGCAGUGCAAGACCUUGUAGUACAAGCAGAUGAAAGACUUUCCAAGGCCGUGAUACCAAUUUCCUGUCUUCAUAUCACCAUUCUUGUGACAUAUUUGGCAAGUGAUGUGGAGGUGAACAAAGCAGUGAGUACAAUUGAAGAAUGCAAGGAGCCAGUGCAGGAAAUCCUACUUGGAACACAGCUGGCCUUAGGAUUUGAUGGGAUUGCAGAUUUCAGAGGAGAAGUAGUAUUUGCACAGUUAAUUCAAAAUGAACAUCUGAGUACUCUAGUCCAAAUUACUGAGACUAUAAGGCAAAGAUUCCAGGCAAAUGGCAUUUUGAUUGCAGACAGCAGAGCUUUUAAACCUCACUUAACCUUUAUGAAACUAUCAAGGGCACCGAAGCUGCAUCAUCAGGGAAUUAAGAAGAUUUCUCCAGAACUGUAUAAAAAUUUUAAAAAUCAUUAUUUUGGUGAUGAGAUUGUGACUUGCCUACAACUUUGCUCCAUGCUGAAGAAGAAGCAACCAAAUGGAUACUAUCACUGCGAGACCACACUUGCUGUGGGAAAAAAACACGAUUCAGACGUAAUUAGGAAUGCUCUGCAGAAAGAGACCAUUGCAGUACAGUGCAAACUUAAUCAGAUAAAAGAAGUAUUGUCGCAUCCAGGGACACAAAUGAGAAUACGGAGUGAAAUAGCUGUAAAAAACAAUGCAAUGAAGCGGUGAUAAGCAGGAGGAUAGAACAGUCAAUAUUGAUUCUUAUGACUUGUAAAAUGGAAAAAAGUACAGUAAUAAAUCCUCAGAGGAAAUUGAGGAUCGAGUUCACCUAAUAUUAAACAUGUUUCUUAUAAUCAUUACUUUGAACAUAAACUACUUCAAUUAGAAGGUAUAAAGUUAAGUAUUGCUUUAUUGAAAAUUCAGUCAGGAUGUAAUAUUAUGGUUUGGAAUCAAUUUUGAUUUCCUUUAUAUCAUAUAUAGAUAGAUGACAUGUAUAUCUAUCUACAUAUAAACUGCUUUUACUUUUUUUCUAAACAUUAUUAAAUUGAAUGCUUCAAUUUCUAUCUCUGGCCAGGCAUUGAUUAGUUUACUGUUGUCAGUAAGAAAUCAACUGAGAAAAACAGCUUUUAGUUGGUUUGACCUAAAUAAAUUACACCUACAUAGAUAUUUGGAAAGGGUUGUUCUGAAGAAUAUUUAUUUAAUUUGCAUUUGCUUCAGACUAAUUUGCAUUGCUAAUUUGGGACUAAUCAAUAGGUCUGAAGUUUUUACUCGGAUAAUAUGACUUAAAUAUAAUCUGCCUGAUUUUACUGGUCCAUGGUCGACUAAAUUAAAUUCCCAGCAAUGAAUCACAGAUGAUUUUUACCACUCAAGACUAUAUGAAACAUUUGCCUCCCGUGUAUUUGUGCGGUUGGCAUUUCCUCAAUUGCGUAGUGGUUAGCACAGCGCUUUACAGUACCAGCGACCCAGUUUCAAUUCCUGCCACUGCCUGUAAUGAGUUUGUAGGUUCUCCCUGUGACCAUGUGACUUUCCUCCGGUGCCCCAGUUUUCUCCCACGGCCCAAAUACCUACUAGUUGUUAGGUUGGCUGGUCAUUGUAAGUUGUCCAGUGACUGGGCUAGGUCUAAAUCAGGGGAAUACUGGCAGCGUGGCUCAAGGGGCUGGAAGGGGCUAUUCCGUGCUGUAUCUCAAUAAAAGUUAAAUAUGGUAAACAUGGCGGCCUAGCAGUUAGCAUAACGCUAUUACAGCACCAGUGACCCAGAUACAGUUCUGCCACUGUCUGUCAGGAGUUCGUACAUUUUCUCUAUUACCAUGUGGGUUUCUUCUGCUUGCUCCAGUUUCCUCUCACGUUCCAAGGAUGUACGUGUUCGUAGGUCAAUUGGUCAUUCGGGUGUAACUGGGCACUGUGCUGUAUCUCUAAAUAAAAUAAAAGCAAAGAAUUCAAAACUGAAGCAGAACAGCCCUUUCAAGACUAUGCAAUUACCAAAUACAAAACUGAUGUCUGCCUUCUGUGACUCAACUAGAAUCUUAGAUUUUUAUCCAUUAUGGGGCAAUAUUUAAAUUAUUUCAUUAACAAACAUAAUUCAUUUUCACUGAAUCAUCUUUUAUCCUAUCUUAACAUUCAUUUUACAAUUAUUCAAAGUUCAUUUUAUUGUCACAAUAUGCAUGUACAAUACAAUACUGAUAUUCAUCUUCUUCAGAUAGCCAUGAAAUAUAGAAAGACCAUGGGAGUUGUUCAAAGAAAACACACCAACUCACACCCCACCCCGGCAUGAAAAAGGAAAACAAAGCUCGCAAACCCCAAUAUGCCCCAACUUCUCCCCUGCAGGAAAAAAGCAACAAUAGCAACAAAUCCCCAACCCCCACAGAAAAAAACAGUGACAAUAACAAUCCCUGAUCCGCUCACUUGCAGAAGAGAACAGCGACAGUAGCAUCAAAGCUCUCAACACCCCCCCCCCAACACACACAUGCACACACACACAGAAUUAACAAAUCACUCACCUGCCAACUGGCCACGAGAAAGAAAACACCAAAAAACUGAAGGAGACCGAUUUAACAGAAAUGAUUUCCUACUAUAUGAUCAGUAGGAAACAUUUGUGGUUCACUGAUCCAUUUAUGAAAGAAGAUCUGACACCUAUAUGCAAUCUUACCUUCAUGUGACUUCAGGUCCAGUAUAUACUAUAUUUCACAUGUUGAUUUUAAGCAAUUAUAAAUGUUGACUAAUAUUAAAAUUGUCAUUAGCCUAAAUCACUCUGCUGCUAACUAACAAGAAAAUAGGAUUAAACUACUGUCUGAAUUUAAGCAAGGAUGUAUUCCAAUGGGCCUUUGAAUGUCAUUUUCACUUCUGAGGAGCAGCACUGCGUGAGUUUAUGUUUCACAGUCAGCAGUCAGAAAGGCUUUUACAAGUAAUUUCUGGUAUUAUUUUGAGUGUAUAAGUAAUUCAGAUACUAGAUUUGGCAAGUUGUUUAAAGCAAUGUGAUUCAUAUUCAUUUAUUUUCACUAAGUUCUUUUCUACAAGCACUGUAAAGUUAAUUUACUUAAGCCAAAGAAAUAAUGGCAUAAAGAACCUGAGAAAAAUGCAUAAAUCUGCUGGGUUUUUUUAGAUUUCUUGAUAUUUGGGAAUGACACUGGUCAAAGUAAGCCAGCUGAACAUUUCAGGGUGCAGAGAGGCACAAUAGACAUCUGUUUGAAUAAAAUGCACAUGGCAGAUUUUAAUAGAUGUGAAGAGAAUUCUUGUAUUAACAAAAUAAUUAUUCAAACAUGUUCUCAUAUAUUUUUCACUCUUUUUAUAGUUUUUUCAUUGUUGAAUUCAUAGCGUAUGUUUUCAGAUUAUAUCACUAAAUUUAAAGACUUUUUUGUGUUGUAUAUGAAGUGAUUCGAAUUAGUACCAAGAAAGAACACAUUAGUGGUUAAAUUCUUACAGCUACAGUGAGAUAAAAGUUACUGUAUGGUUUGUGAUGUGCUUAUUGAUAUCAGUUAUAAUUUUUUUAUCAAGUAUGAUUACAAAUUGAUUUAAAAUAAACCUUACUAUGGUUUUAUUUAUCAUUUUGUUUUCAAGUAAUUUGCUCAAUUUUCACAAAAUGUGCCUGAAUAAUUUUUAAGCAAAAUACGUAACAUAAUUUACUUGUUUUAAAAUAUGAGAAGAUAUUUACCAUUUGAUUUGUUAUUUCAUGUAAAAUGUUUCAAUGUACAUACAGAAUUGAUUCUACUCCAGCAUUUGAUAUUGAGAUGGUAAUUUUGGUGUCUUGUUUAACGGUGCAUUAUUUAGUUCUAGUUUUUCACAGUCUGCUCUCACCAACCCGAUGUGACUAAUCUACUGUAUUCACUUUGCCUUUAUAUUGUUCCCUUUGCGAUACGUAUAAGUGUUAUGUUCCAAACUUCAUUGUUUAAAAUUAAAUGUGCAUAUUUAAAUGACAGAAUCAGAA